UAGUCGACCCUUUUACGCGUGUGAUUUCGAGUCUAACUUCUGCACUGCUGUCAAACCGUAAUUCAAGGUGGACAAUCAACUGCUCGCCAAUUUCAGUAUUCUACCUCGACUUCACCUGUGAUCUGUGUGUACGUACAUGCGGCAAUCCGCCACAACUGCUAGUCUACAUAUUUGUAGGAUAUUGCCAUUCUCUCUGAUCGUAUCGUGGUGCAGGUGUGAGAAGGAAGCACUUUUUUAGAACAAAAAUUAGUAGCGGUAGCUACACCGUUUUUUACAGGAUGAGGUGGCCAGGUCUAGUCCUGACAUGCUUAGGACUUUUAUACUUAUCGGAAAAUGUUCACGGAUUGGCUGUGAUGAGCAUUGAUCUCGGCUCAGAAUGGAUGAAAAUUGGAAUUGUUUCUCCUGGAGUACCAAUGGAAAUUGUGCUUAAUAAGGAAUCGAAAAGAAAAACGCCAAUUGCAAUCUCGUUUCGAGAUGGGGAACGACUAAUUGGAGAAGACGCUUUGAAUGUCGGGGUCAGGUUUCCAGCUGCUUGUUACAGCUACUUUUUGGACCUGUUGGGAAAAAAGUUGGACAAUCCUAUGGUUAAACUGUUCCAGCAAAGGUUUCCCUAUUAUAAUCUUGUUGAAGAUGAUGCUCGGGGAACUGUGCUAUUCAAACAUGAUAGCGAGACGUAUUAUUCUCCUGAAGAACUAUUGGGAAUGAUCCUGAGCAAAGCAAGAGAUUUUGCACAAGAUUCUUCACGACAACCAGUAAAGGAAGCAGUGAUUACGAUUCCGCCUUUCUUUAAUCAAGCUGAACGAAGAGCGGUUAUUAAUGCUGCUGAACUGGCUGGGAUCAAAGUUUUGCAACUAAUUAACACCAAUACUGCAGCUGCUCUUAAUUACGGAAUAUUCCGAAGAAAAGAUUUUAAUGAAAGCGCUCAGUACAUGCUACUGUACGAUAUGGGAGCAUCCAGCACUGUGGCCACAGUUGUCAGCUACCAAAUUGCCAAAAUGAAAGAAAAGGGAAUUGUUGAAACUAAUCCACAACUCACGAUUCAUGGAGUUGGAUAUGACAGAACUUUGGGAGGAUUAGAAAUGCAGAUUCGCUUAAGGCAGUUUCUGGCCAAGUCAUUCAACGACAUGAAGAAAACCCAGACUGAUAUAUUUUCAAAUUCGAGAUCUAUGGCAAAGUUGUUUAAAGAAGCUGGACGAGUAAAAAAUGUGCUUAGUGCCAACGCAGACCACUAUGCUCAGGUUGAAGGACUUUUGGACGAAAAAGAUUUCAGAGUACAAAUUACACGAGAGCAAUUUGAAAAGCUUAAUGAAGAUUUAUUUAAUCGUGUGAAAGGACCAAUUCAACAGGCUCUGGAUGCUGCAGGAAUGACCAUGGACGUAAUUGAUCAAGUAUUACUGGUGGGAGCUGGCACAAGGGUUCCAAAAGUGCAGGAAAAACUACAAGAAUUUUUAAAUAGAGAGCUUGGAAAGAGCUUGAACACUGAUGAGGCCGCUGCUAUGGGGGCUGUUUACAAAGCUGCAGACCUGAGUACCGGCUUCAAAGUUAAAAAGUUUGUUACCAAAGACGCUGUAAUUUUUCCCGUUCUUGUGGACUUUGAACGCGAAGCCGAUAAUGAAGAUGGGACGAAAACUCUGAAAAUAAUUCGCAGAACUCUCUUUUCCCACAUGAAUAAUUAUCCUCAAAAGAAGAUUCUCACAUUUAACAAGCAUGUAGACGAUUUUACAUUCUAUGUUAGUUACGGCGAAUUGCCGGUCUCGAAAGAAGAAGCAAUUGCGGUGGGGUCUCCGAAUAUUACCAAAGUUGAACUGAGUGGAGUAGCGAGCGCCUUACAGAAACAUUCGAAUGAAGGGGAAUCUAAAGGUGUUAAAGCCCAUUUCACUAUGGACGACAGUGGCAUUUUGAGCCUAUCAUUAGUCGAAGCCGUGUUUGAAAAAAACACAACUGAAGAUUCCGAAACUGUUAGAGAUACAUUGUCAAAGCUCGGAACUGCGUUCAGUAACCUCUUCACGGGAACCCCAGACGAAAUUCCAAAGCCAGAGCCGGAGAGUGCAGAUAAUUCUCAAGAAGCAACUGAACCUGACGCUUCUGGAAAAGGGGAAGAGGGAGAAAAAUCAAAAGAUCAAAAGGAUGACAUUCCUACCAAUGACACAGAAAAUAAAUCUGAAGGCAGUAAGACGCCAGAUAAUCAGAAUACUACUACCCCAACGACAAAUACAACAACGCCCGAAAAGAAGCCAAAAGUUCUUCUUGUAAAAGAGGUUUUAGGAUCAGAAAUACAGGUACUCGACGUCAGCCCUUUGGAUGGAGAGAAAUUCCAGAAAUCGGCUGAGAAGCUAAAGAUAUUGAAUGAACAUGACCGAGUGCGAGCAUUGCGAGAGAGAGCUCGAAAUGCGUUGGAGACUUUUGUGAUUGACAUGCAAACCAAUAUUUACACUGAACAAUAUGAAAAGGCUGUAACCGAAGAAGAAAAAGAAAAUAUCUUAAAAACUUGCUCAGAGAUCUCGGAUUGGUUGUACGAAGAAGGGUCAGAUGCAGUUAAAACUGUUUAUGAAGACAAGUUGAAGUCCCUCAAGCUACUUACAAAAGAUCUAUUGGACCGAGUUCGUGAGCAUAAGGAUAGACCCGAUGCACUUGAAGCUCUUGAUAAUAUGCUCAAUAUCAGCAUGGGUUUUUUGGACACCUCGAAAUCUCUAUCUCCUGAGGAGCAAUUAUUUACAGAAGUGGAGUUGACAACACUAGAAAAACUUGUUACCGAAACGUUUACCUGGCGUGAAACGAAAUUAAAAGAGCAAGAAAAUAUCCCAUUGAGCACUAUGCCUACAUUAACAGUCAGAUCCAUUGCUGAAAAAAUUGAUGCACUCGACAGAGAAGUCAAAUACAUGGUUAAUAAGGCGAGAGUGAAUAAGUUGAAUAAGGCUAAGGACGAAGCCAAGAAAAAAGAGUCAGAGAACAAGACGGACGAAGCUAAAGAGAAGGAGGAAAAAGUGACAAAAAAUAAAACAGAACCAGAAGAAGAAUCAAUAAAUUCUCCUGAAGCAGAUAUUUUCGAAGAGUCUCCUGGAGCUUCUGAAACUGUGAAGGAUUCCCCGGAUAACGAAACUGAUAAAGUAAACCCAUCAAAAAGUAAAACAGAUUCAGAUGAUUCGCACACGGAAUUAUAACACUAAUUAGAUUUAAAUUCAAUUGUAUUCCACUAUUAUUUUGUAUUUAUGCAUUUUUUGAUUCCGAAAUUAUGUUUUACAUCAAACAAUCUCAUAAAAUAAUAUCGUACCACAAACAUUAGGGUCGAAUAUUAUUGGUACUAAUUAUCCUUCGUGGUUAUAAUUAAUUUCUUCAUAUACAAUUGGUCCGGCCAUUUGCAGUAGUAUUUAGAUAAAUAGACGAGGUGCGACCGACCAAAAAUGGCUGGUAAUUUGUGUGAUACCUAUGUUAAUUUGUUUUCAACGAACUUUGUUCGUCAACUACUGUUAGUUCAUUAGAUUAGGUUCAUGUGAUGUGAGGUUUCAUAUAAUAAUGUGACAAUUCAGUGUCGUUCACAUUAGCAAUUGAAGUUUGCGUGGGGAAUUAUUCUAUCCUAUACAUACAUAUACUACUAUACAUGCAUUGGAUGUCCACAAUUGAAUUAUGUCCCCAGUGAAGUGAAUUAUAAAGUAAACUAUGCACAGAGUUUUAAAAAUACUGAUUAUAUUCAAUUUUUUAAUCAAAUUUCAACAAGAUCCAGAAAUAAUAAAAAUAUGAGUCGAAAUAUUAA